GCAAUGGUAUCGGAAAGUUCAUCGUUGUGUUGUGACCUAUUGGUAUGAAGAUUGAAUUAUCAAAAUCUGGAGAUGUAUCGAUAAUUUCUACUGAAAAAGACGAAUCGACUAACGAUUCUAAAGAAUAUAAAAAUAAACACAAAAAAACUAACCGAAUGGAAUCUCUAAUUGAAAUGAACACCAAGUUAUCAAAGUGCGAUGAUGCGUCUAUAGUGCAACAAGAUGCAACAAAGAUGCAAAUGGAGCAUAAAGAUAAGUUAGACAUAGUUCAAGAAAGUCCAAAAAAGAUAGAAUUGUCGUUUGAGGAAAAGAUUAAAUUAAGCAAAAACAACGAUACAUCGAUUGUUUCUCCAAAAGUGUUAGAAAUUAAAGAUAGAAUGGAUAUGCCUCAAGAAGUUUCAAAAUCAUUAGAAUCCUCACAUAUAGAGAUUUCACAAGAAACUAUAGAAAAAUCAGUAGAAACCAAAAUGCAAGAAAUGUUACUAAAAUUUGAAUCGCCAUUUGAUAUGAAAAUCAAAGAUUCUAAUUUUAGUGAUGCAUCUAUUGUUUCUCCAGAGAAACAAGAACAAUUAGUAGAAAACAAACUUCUGCAAGAAAUACCUAUAAAAACGGAAUCACUUCUUGAAAUGAAUAUUAAAUUAUCCAAAAGUGACAAUGAAUCCAUUGUUCAUUCAGAAGUAUUAGAUGAAAUUAUAGAUAAAAUAGAUAUGUCUCAAGAUGAUACACAAUUAUUGAAGCCAUUACAUAUUGAAAUCUCACAAGGAGCUAUGGAAAAGUCAGUGGAAGAAACUAUGCAUGAAAUUAUACCAAAAGUUGAAUCAUCACUUGACACAAUGUUCAAGCUUUCUAAUUUUGAUGACUCGUCUGUUUCUUCAGAAAAGCAAGAAGAAUUAGAAGAAAGCAAAAUUCUACAAGAAAUAUUAGAUAGAACACCUACUAUAUUAGAAUCUUCUGUUGGAAUAAAAAUUGAAUCAGUCAAAAAUGACAAUUCAUCUAUUGUUCAUUCAGAAGUAUUAGAUGAAAUUAAAAAUAAAAUGGAUAAAUCUGAAGAUAUUUCAAAUUCAUUAAAAUUCUCCCAUAUUAAAGUCUUACAAGAAGAUAUAGAAAAAUCAAAAGAAAUCAAACAUGAGAUAUUGCCAAAAAUAAAAUCACCUGAAAUGAAAAUUGAGGUAUUUAAAUUUGAUGAUACAUCUAUUAAUUCUUUAGAGAAACAAGAAAAAUUAAUUCAAAGUACAAUUUUGCAGGAAGUAUCUAUGAGACAAGAAACAUCAUUAGAAAUGAAUAUUGAAUUAACCAAAAAUGAAGAUGAAUCUAUCAUUCAUUCAGAAAUUUUAGAUGAAAUUAAAGAGAAAAUAAAUAUAUCUCAAGAUGAAAAAUCAUUAGAACAGUUGGAUAUUAAGAUACCACAUGAUAAUAUAGAAGAAUCAAUAGAAACAGCAUCAAAACUUGAAUUGCCAUUUAAUAUGAAAAUUAAAGAUUCUAAUUUUAGUGAUGCAUCUAUUAUUCCUUCAGAAGAACAAGAAAUGUUAGAAGAAAGCAAACUUUUACAGGAAAUACCCAAUAAAACAGAAUCACUUCUUGAAUUGGAGAAUAAAUUAUCCAAAACUGAUGAUAUAUCUCUUACAUAUCCAGAAGUGCAAGAUAAAAUUAAGGACACAUUGCAUAUGUCUCUAAAUAUUACAAAACCAUUACAGCAACUGCAUGUUGAAAUAUCACAUGAAAUUAUAGAAAAAUCAAUGGAAACUAUGCAAGAAACAUUAUCAAAACUUGCAUCACCACUUAGUAUAAAAAUCAAGGAUUCUAAUUUUAGUGAUAUAUCUAUUGUUUCUUCAGAAGAACAAGAAAAAUUGGAAGAAAAUAAACUUUUACAGGAAAUACCCAAGGAAACAGAAUCACUUAUUGAAAUGGAGAUUAAAUUAUGCAAUAAUGAUGAUACAUCUCAUAUUUAUUCAAAGAUUUCAGAUAAGAUUACAGACACAGCAAAUAUAUCACAAGUUAUUACAAAAUCUGUAGAGCAUCCAAAUAUAGAAAUACCACAUGAAGUUAUAAAAAAAUCAAUGGAAACCAUGCAAGAAGCUUUGCCAAUACUUGAAUCAUUUGAUAUGAAGAUAAAGGAUUCUAAAUUUAAUGAUACAUCUGUUGUUUCUUUAAAAAAAGAAGAACAAUUAGAAGAAAAUAAACUUCUACAAAAAAUACCACAAAGGACAGAAUCAUAUCUUGAAAUAAAGAAUAAAUUAUCCAAUAUUGAGAGCUCAUCUAUUGUCGAUUCUGAAGAUUUAGAUGAAAUUAAAGAAAAAAUAGAUAUAGCACAAGAUGUUUCAAAGUUGUUAGAACCACCAGAAAUUGAAAUCUCUCAAGAAGCUAUAGAAAAGUUAGUAGAAACUAUGCAACAAAAUUUACCAGAAGGUGAAUCACCACUUGAUAUGGAAAUGAAACUUUCUGAGUUUGAUGAUGCAUCUGUUCUAUCUUCAGAAAAGCAAGAAGAAUUGGUAGAAAACAAAUCUAUGCAGGAAAUACCAAAAAAAAUAAAAUCACCUCUUAGAAUAGAAAGUAAAUUACCUAAAAGUGACAAUGCAUCCAUUGUACAUUCUGAAGUGCUGAACGAAUUUAAUGAAAAAAUAAAUAUAUCUAAAGAUGUUACAGAAUUAUUAGAACCAACACGUAUUGAAAUCUUACAAGAAGAUAUAGAAAAAUUAGUGGAAUCAAUGCAUGAAAGAAUACCAAAAGUUGAAUCUAUGGAAUCUAUGGAAUCUAUGGAAAUAAAACUUAAUGAAAUUGAUGAUGCAUCUUUUUUAUCUUCAGAGAAGCAAGAAGAAUUAGAAGAAAAUAAACUUCUACAGGAAAUACCGAAAGAAACAGAAUCAUCUAUUGAAAUAGAUAUUAAAUUAUCUAAAAAUGAAAACAUUGUCCAUUCUCAAAUAUUAGAUGAAAUUAAAGAUAAAAUAGAUAUAUCUCAAGAUGAUACAAAAACUAUUGAAUCACCACAUUUUGAGAUUUCACAAGAAAUUAUAGAAGAAUCAGUAGAAACUUUGCAUGAAACAUUGAUUAAAGUUGAAUCACCUCUUAGUAUAAAAAUCAAAGCUUUUGAAUUUGAUGAUGCAUCUAUUCUUUCUUCUCCUGAAAAAACAAAACAAUUAGAAGGAAAUAAAUUAUUAGAAGAAAUACCUAAGACAACAAUAUCAUCUCUAGAAAUGAAGAUUAAAUUAUCUGAAAAUGAUGACAUAUCCACUGUUCAUUCAAAAAUGCUGGAAGAAACUGAAAACAAAUUGGAUAUGACUCCAAAUAUAACAAAAUCAAUAGAAACAUCUGAUAUUGAUCAGAUAAUCAAUGAUCAAGCUAUAGAAAAAUCUGUAGAAACUAUUUAUGAAACUUUACCAAAAGUUACGUCACCUCUUGGUAUGAAGAUUGAGCUUUCUAAUUUUGUUGAUGCAUGCAUCGUUUCUUCAGAAUUACAAGAAGAAAUAGAAGAAAAUAAACUUCAACAAGAAAUACCUAAGAGAACUAUAUCUAUGGAAAUGAAGAGUGAAUUGUCUGAAAAUGACAAUACAUCCAUUGUUCAUUCAGAAAUGAUAGAAGAAACUAAAAACAUAACAGAUAUAUCUCAAGAUGUUAAAGAAUUAUUAGAGACAUCAGAUAUUGAAAUCUCACAAAAUACUAUGGAAAAAUCAGAAGAAAUCAGAUAUGAAACUUUUCCAAAACUUGAGUCGCCACUUGGUACGGAAAUUAAACUUUCAGAAUUUGAGAAUGCAUCUAUUGCUUCUUUAGAAGAGCAAGAACAUUUAGAAGAAAGCAAACUUUUACAGGAAAUAUCCAAAGAUACAGAAUCUAUUGAAAUGAAAAUUAAGUAUGACGAUGCAUCUAUAAUCGUUCAUCCGCUCGAUGAAAUUAAAGACAAAAUAGAAAUAUUUCAAGAUGUUACGAAAUCAAUGAAUACAUCGCAUAAUGACAUUGUACAGGAAGUAAUAGAAAAACCUAUAGAAACCGUGAUUGAGCCAUUGCCAAAUCUUGAAUCGCCAUUUGAUACGAAGAAUAAAAUUUCUGAGUUUGAUAAUAUAUCUAAUGUUUCUUCAGAAAAGGAAAAACAUUUGGAAGAAAGUAAACUUUUGCAAGAAAUGUCCAAAAAAAUAGAAUCACCACUCGAAAUAAAAAUUAAUUUAUCUACAUGCGAAAACGCAUCUACUAUUGAUACACAAAUCAUGCAAGAAACUGAAGACAAAGUAGAUACAUCUCAAGAUACCAAUACAAAACCAUUAGAAUUAUUGCAAAUUAAAAUCUCAAAUGAAGCUAUAGAGAAAUCAGUUGAAACAAUAUAUGAAAAAUUAUCAACAACUGAAUCACUUGAUAUAAAGAAUAAGUAUAUUGAGUUUGAUAAUAAAUCUCUUGUUUCUCCAAAUAAAGAAAAGCAAUUGGAAGAACAUAAAUUUUGUCAUGAAAUACCUAUAAGAACCGAAUCACCUUUUGAAGUAAAGAUUAAAUUAUCUAAAAAUGAUAAUACAUCCACUAUUCAUUCAGAAGUCCUAAACGAAACUGAAGAUAAAAUGGAUAUGUCUCAAGAUAUUACAAAAUUGUUAGAACCAUUACCAAAUGAAAUCGCAAAAGAAACUAUAGAAAAAUCAAUAGAAAUCACACAUGAAAAUUUUCCGAAAAUUGAAUCUCCACUUGGUAUGAAAAUCAAGCUUACUAAGUUUGGUAGUGCAUCUAUUAUUUCUUCAGAAAAGCAAGAACAGUUAGGAACAAAUAAAUUACUUCAAGUAAUAACCAAAAAAACAGAUUCACCUCUUGGAAUGAAGAUUAAAUUAUCCAAAAGUGGAGAUACAUCAAUUGUGCAUCCAGAAGACAAAAUUAAAGAAAAAAGAGAUAUGACUCAAAAAAAUAUUACAAAAUUAUUAGAACCAUUGCAUAAUGAGAUGGUAGAAGAAGUUAUAGAAAAAUCUAAAGAAAUGCAUGAAACUUUACCAAAAAUUGGAUCACCACUUGGUAUGAAGAUCAAGCUUUCUAAAUUUGGUGAUGCAUCUAUUAUAUCUUCAGAGAAACAAGAUCAGUUAGAAGAAAUCAAAGUUCCACAGGAAAUACCCAAAAGAACAGAAUCACCACUUGGAAUGAAGAUUAAAUUAUCCAAACGUGGUGAUGCAUCAAUUGUCCAUUCAGAAGUUCUAAAUGAGAUUAAAGAAAAAAUAGAUAUAUCUCAAGAUGUUUCAAAAUCAUUGGAACCAUCUCAUUUCGAAAUUUUACAUGAAGAUAUAGAAAAAUUAAUGGAACCUGAAGAAUCCUUGCCAAAAGUUGAAUCGUUACUUGGUAUGAAAAUCAAGCUUUCUAAGCUUGGUGAAGCAUCUAUUGUUUCUUCAGAAAAGCAAGAACAGUUUGAAGAACAUAAACAUCUACAAGAUAUACCCAAAAGAACAGAAUCACCAUUUGGAAUGAAGAUUAAACUAUCCAAAAGUGGAGGAGCAUCUAUUGUUCAUUCCGAAAUGCCAGAAGAAAAUAAAGAUAAAAAGGAAAUAUUUUCAAAUGUUACAAAAUCUUUGGAGCCACUACAUAUUGAUAUCUCACAAGAAGCUAUAGAAAAAACAUUUGGAACCAGACAUGAAUCUUCAGCAAAAGUUGAAUCUCCACUUGGUAUGAAGAUUAAACUUUCUAAAUAUGGUGAUGCAUCUAUUGUUUCUUCAGAAAAACAAGAAUAUCUAGGUGAAAAUAAACUUUUGCAGGAAGUACCUAAGAGAACAGAAUCACCUCUUGGAAUGAAAAUUAAAUUAUCUAAAAGUGGCAGUGCAUCCAUUGUACAUUCAGAAGUGCUAGAUGAAGUUAAAAUUAAAAAGGAUAUAUUACAAGAUGUUACAAAAUCGUUAGAACCAUUGCAUAUUGAUAUCUCACACGAAUUUGUAGACAAAGCAAUAGAAAUCAAACAUGAUACUUUACCAAAGAUUGGCUCUCCACUUGGUAUGAAAAUAAAGCUUUCUAAGUUUGGUGAUGCAUCUAUAAUUUCUUCAGAAAAACAAGAACAAUUAGGAGAAAACAGACUUCUUCAAGAAGUACCUAAGAGAACAAUAUCACCUCUAGGAAUGAAAAUUAAAUUGUCUAAACGUGGUGAUGCAUCCAUUGUUCAUUCAGAAUUGUUGGAAGAAAUCAAAGAUAAAAUGGAUACUUCUCAAUAUAUUACAAAGUCAUUAGAAUCACCACAUGAUGUCACACAAGAAGUUGUAGAAAAAUUAAUAGAAAUACACGAAACUUCGUCAAAAGUUGAAUCACCGCUUGGUAUGAAGAUCAAGCUUUCUAAGUUUAGUGAUGUAUCUACUGCAGAAAAACAAGAACAAUGGGAAGAAAGCAAACUUUUACAGGAAAUACCCAAGAGAACAGAAUCGCCUCUUGUAAUGAAAAUUAAAUUAUCCAAAAGUGGCGAUGCAUCAAUUGUUCAUUCAGAAGUUUUAGAUGAAAUAAAAGACAAAAUGGAAAUAUCUCAAGAUGCUAUAAAAUCAUUAGAUUCAUCUCAUAUUGAGAUUUCACAAGAAGCUAUAGAAAAAUCUGUAGAAAACAUGCAAGAAUCUUUACCAAAAAUUGAAUCGCCACUUGGUAUGAAAAUUAAGUUUUCUAAAUUUGGUGAUGCAUCUAUCAUUUCUUCAGAGAAACAAGAUCAGUUGGAAGAAAGUAAAAUUUUGCAAGAAAUACCUAAAAGAACAGAAUCACCUCUGGGAAUGAAAAUUAAAUUAUCUAAAAGUGGCGGUGCAUCUAUUGUUCAUUCAGAAGUUCUAGAAGAAAUAAAAGAUAAAAUUGAUAUAUCUCAAGAUGUUAUAAAAUCUUUAGAACCAUUGCAUAUUGAAAUUUCACAAGAAACUAUAGAAAAAUCAAUGGAAAAUAUACAUGAAACCGUAUCAAAAGUUGAAUCACCACUUGGUAUGAAGAUCAAGUUUUCUAAAUUUGGUGAUGCAUCUAUUGUUUCUUCAGAAAAGCAAGAACAAUUAGGAGAAACUAAACUAUUACAAGAAAUACCCAAAAGAACAGAAUCACCUCUUGGAAUGAAGAUUAAAUUAUCUAAAAGUGGUGAUGCAUCUAUUGUUCAUUCAGAAGUACUAGAUGACAGAAUAGACAUAUCUCAGGAUGUUUCAAAAUAUUUGGAAUCUCCAUACAUUACUCAAGAAAUUGUAGAUAAAUCAAUAGAUAAUAUACAUGAAUCAUUAUCAAAAAUUGAAUCACCACUUGGUAUGAAGAUCAAGCUAUCUAAGUUUGGUGAUGCAUCUAUUAUAUCUUCAGAGAAACAAGAUCAAUUGGAAGAAAUCAAAGUUCCACAGGAAAUACCCAAGAGAACUGAAUCACCUUUAGGAAUGAAAAUUAAAUUAUCCAAAACAGGAGAUGCUUCUAUCAUACAACCUGAUAUAUCUGAUGAUGUAAAUAAAUCUAUGCGAACAUCUGAGGCAGAACAUUCUAAAACUGGUGAUGCUUCUUUAGGUAUGAAAAUAAAGUUAUUAAAAACUGGAGAUGCAUCUAUAGUAGAUUCAGAAAAGAAGGAUAAACAACAGCGGCGUCGAGAUACUGAUUCAUCUCUUGAAAUGAAAAUUAAAUUGUCCAAGACGGGUCAUCCGACAAUUGUAGCUUGCGAUAACCAAGUAGAAACUGCAUAUAAAUCCAAAGAAACUGAUCCAUCUCAGAAUUUUACACAAAGAUACAAAGAAACUGGACAAAUCGGUCAUAAAGACUCUACAUUAAAAAUUCUUAAAACUGGUCAUUCAACUAUUUUACAAAGCAAUCGUUCAGAACUUACUAUUGAACCAGUGCAAGUGCACGGAAAAAAAAUAGAUAAUGUAAUUGAAAUGUCUCCAAAGCGUAAGGAUAUUACUAUCGCACCUAUCGAUUCCAAAAAGUCUAAGCUAGAAACUCAAUUCACACAAAUUUUGCCUGAAGUUACUAUUCAACCUGUUACACCCAGAGAACAAAAACAAUUUUUGUUCGAUCCAAAAAGCAGCGCGAUUAGUUUACAGCAAAUGAAUGUCAUAAAUCAAGAAAUUAGUAUUACUCAAGUAAGACCACAAAAAUCAGAUACUUCUAUGAAUGAAAAAUUGAAAGAUAUUUUAUCAAAAAAUGUAUCUAGUUCGCCAAUGAAUUCUGAUUGUGAAAUUAUAGAACAACGGCCUGAAUUGAUAAUAGUAAAUGAAAAUUCAAAUUCCAGCCAAGAUGUUGUGAUAAUAGAAGAAGUUUCCAAUAGAAUGCCAGAAGUUAAAGUGCCUAAAAAAAGAGGUAGACCCAGAAGGAAUCCAUUACCUCAAGGAAUUACUCAUCCUCCACCUCAUUUGUUAAUACCUAGAGAUCCUUUGUCUUUAGACGACUCGCAACAGAUGCAACAAUCAUCAAUACAUUUUCCGGAAUCCAGAGAGAAUGAAAGACCUAAGAGAACUUGUAGGAAUCAGAAAAGUUAUGCUCCUCCUAGAAGAGGUAGAGGACGAGGUCGAGGAAAACGAAAAUUAGAUAAUGCAGAUUCACAAAUAAUGAAAAAACCUAAGAUAGAGCAAGAUUUAAAUGCGAUAGAAGCUUCUACAACGGCUAUAAUAACGAUUGAUGAUUCUGGGGUGCAACAAGAAUCUUUCGGAAAAUCAUCGGAACUGUAUAAAGUUCUUAAACAACCAACUAUAGAUUCCAAAAUGACUAAUUCUUCGGGUAAAGUUGAUAAAAAGAUUAUUGGACAAAAAAAUGGUGAAUUAAAAAAUGUAAAUGUAAUUAAUAAUAUGCUUACAGACUCCAUGAGUAUGCAAACGGAAAUGAAUAAAACAUCAGAAAUGCGAUUACCUAAACCAGUAUCAAAUAACAUUAAAGAUGAUAUUAAGGAUAAGAAAUUGAUUGAAAUCGUUCCUGAACGAAUACAAAAGGCUGUAACAAAAGUAGAUUCUGAUAACAGAUCUGAUAAACUGACGGAGAAUACAAAAUUGGAAAGUAAAGACAUAUUAGUACCACCUGGACAUCCUAACUGGCUGACACCAGCAUCGAAACGAGUAGAAAAUGCUACGAAGCAUGAGAAUAUGUCUACAGUGCAAGUAAUAGACGAGGAAACAAGAAUGAGUGCAGAAUUAGGUUCAAGAUCUCAAACUCCAGCUAGAAAUAUUUCUGCACCAGCCUCUGAAACUAUGGUAAAUGAGGAAUCCCAAGGAAGUGUACUUAGUACUGCAACCACAGAAUCAGAAAAAGUGAAAGUUAAAAAUCGAAGAAUGGAAAUUAAUUUUGAUCCAGACGAAGGACCAUUUACUGUCGAUAAAAUUGCUGAAUAUGAAUGGCCACUAGACCGGAAAGGUGAAACAUUUAUGAUACAAGAACAAAUAUCUCAGUAUCUUGGUGUAAAAUCUUUCAAAAGAAAAUAUCCAGAUUUAAAGAGAAGAGUAGUGGAUAUGGAAGAGAGAAAUUAUUUGAGAGAAAAUGGAUUAGUCAGUGAAGCAAUGUGUGAUAUGGGAUUAACUGCUGUAUGUAGUUCAGAAGUAUUAGAUGUAAUGUGCAGUGAUUUUCCGGAUCAAUAUGAAGAAUAUCGUAAACAUAUGCGCGAAAAACAAGUGAAAGAACAUUCUAAAAAACAAAAAGAAUUAACAGCAGCUGCAAAUGCUGAAAAAAAUAGAAUUGAUCUAGCAGAAAUGGCAGUUCAAUCUGCAUUAUCUUGGAAUAUUAAUUUAAAUAAAGCUCGACGAGAAAAUAGAAAAUGUAGCUUAGAUUUACAAACUUUUACAAUACAUGUGCCAAAAAAACAACUAAAAAUUGAAACGGAACGAAGAAUUGGUCACUAUCCUGUUGCAUUGAUACCAGGACAAUAUACAGAUUAUUAUCGGGAAUAUACACCAGCCGAAUUACGAUAUUAUCCUCUUAAUACUGUACUCUAUGGUCCUAUGAGACCAAAUGAACGUAAAUUUGACAGUCAAUCAGAAGGAUCUCAAAGUGAUAGUGAUAGUGAUUCAUCUUCAGAUGAUUCAAGUUCAUCUUCUAGUGAGGGAACACAGGAUACGGAAGGUUCUCAGUCUACAAUGGACGAAGUAGAUAUGGAAAUAGCAAACCAAAAAGAUGAAAUAAAAUUAAAAUGUAAAAUGUGUUUAAAAACAUUGAAUAAACAUAGUAAAAAUGAAGUUUUAAUUCAAUGUGGUACAUGUAAUGGACAUGUUCACCCAUCAUGUAUAGAUCUAACAUUAGAUAUGGUUCCUCAUAUUCAAUCAUAUGCAUGGCAAUGCACAGAUUGUAAAACUUGUGCUCAAUGUCAUGAUCCUGCUGACGAAGAUAAAAUGCUUUUUUGUGAUAUGUGUGAUAGAGGAUAUCAUAUUUAUUGCGUUGGCCUCCGACGAGUACCCCAAGGAAGAUGGCAUUGUCAAGAAUGUGCUGUCUGUGCAAAUUGUAGUUCAAGAGAACCUGGUGGUAUAAAUUCUGAUAGAAACAGUGUUGCUCAAUGGCAACAUGAAUAUAAAAAAGGUGAUAAGAAUACUCGUGUUUAUGUUUCAACGCUGUGUGUUCCAUGUUCAAAGCUAUGGCGAAAGGGUCGCUAUUGCCCACACUGCAGUCGCUGUCAUACUGCGCCAAGACUCGACCUGGAAGCAAAUCUAGUGCAUUGCAGCGCAUGUGACAAAUAUCUGCACUUAGGUUGCGUGGAGACCAAGGGAAUGCCAUUAGACAGGAAAAAUUAUCUAUGUGAUUUUUGUGCACCAAAUCGUCAGCAUAUGAUGAAACCAUUAGUAUCGAAAACAUUGAAAACGUAAAUAAAUAUAAACUAUAUAAUUUUUGUUUAAAGAUGAGGGUUGUAUAAAAUAUGAAUCCCGUGCAUAGAGAAACUGAUAAAAUAGAAAUUUUUUUAUUUAUGUAGAUAAUGAAUAUAUUAUGAAAAUUUAAGUAAAAAAAAAUUCAUUUAUCAUAAAAUCUUUCAUAUGAAUUUUUAAAUGGAAAGAAUAUCGUUGUACAUAAUUAUAUGAUUAUAAUCAAUUUAAAAAAUUGAGUAUUUUGUUACAUAAAAGUAGUUAUAAUUAGCUAUAUAUAAAGUUUAAAAUAUAUAAAAAUC